UUGCAAUGCAGGCAUGUAGUGAUAAAAAAAGGGUUUGUAUAACUUAAAAUGACAGGAUCUCUAGAGGCUACCUUGUUUCUCAUAUGAAGGGUGUUUCAAACGAGGGCAUGGAAACUAGUAAGUACUGGCUUCUGUUUUUGUUGUACACCUUCCAGAAAUUUUUGACUGAAGACUCUGUGUACUAGAGUUCUUUCCACACAGAGCUGACUGAUAUUUGAAGAAAAUUUUCAUUUCUCCAACCAAGAAAAAUAUGAUUUAUCUUUUCCAAGCUUCACUCUUGUUAUUAAAUCUAUGUAUUUUUACUUGUGGAGAAGUUAUACAAGGUAACUGUGUGCAUCAUUCUACGGAUUCUCCAGUAGAUAACAUUGUAGAAGAUGAAUCUAAUGCAAAAGGUGAAAGUAAAAGUAAUGCUACUGUUUAUAAAGAAGAUUGUGAGGAAUCAUGUGAUGUUAAAACUAAGAUUACACGAGAAGAAAAACAUUUCAUGUGUAGAAAUUUGCAAAAUUCUAUUGUUUCUUAUACACGAAGUACCAAAAAACUACUAAGAAAUAUGAUGGAUGAGCAGCAAGAUUCCUUGGAUUAUUUAUCUAAUCAGGUUAAUGAGCUCAUGAAUCGAGUUCUCCUUUUGACUACAGAAGUUUUUAGAAAACAGCUGGAUACUUUUCCUCACAGACCAGUUCAGUCACAUGGUUUAGAUUGUACUGAUAUUAAAGAUACCAUUGGUUCUGUCACUAAAACACCAAGUGGUUUGUAUAUAAUCCACCCAGAAGGAUCUAGUUACCCAUUUGAGGUAAUGUGUGACAUGGAUUACAGAGGAGGUGGUUGGACUGUGAUACAGAAAAGGAUUGAUGGGAUAAUUCACUUCCAAAGGUUAUGGUGCGAUUAUCUGGAUGGAUUUGGUGACCUUUUAGGUGAAUUUUGGCUAGGGCUGAAAAAGAUUUUUUACAUAGUGAAUCAGAAGAAUACCGGUUUUAUGCUGUAUGUGGCACUGGAAUCUGAAGAUGACACAUUCGCUUAUGCAUCAUAUGAUAAUUUUUGGCUAGAGGAUGAAACAAGAUUUUUUAAAAUGCACUUAGGACGAUAUUCGGGAAAUGCUGGUGAUGCAUUCCGGGGUUUCAGAAAAGAAGAUAAUCAAAAUGCAAUGCCUUUUAGCACAUCAGAUGUUGAUAAUGAUGGAUGUCGCCCUGCAUGCUCCAUCAGUGGUCAGUCUGUGAAGAGCUGCAGCCACUUCAGUAACAAUACCGGCUGGUGGUUCAACCAGUGUGGUCUCGCAAAUCUGAAUGGCAUUCAUUACUUCCCUGGAAAAUUGCUUGCAACUGGAAUUCGAUGGGGCACAUGGACCAAAAACAACUCACCUGUCAAGAUUAAAUCUGUUUCAAUGAAAAUUAGAAGAAUUUACAAUCCAUAUUUUAAGUAAUCUCAUUUUAAAUUGUAAUGAGUGUUCCACAGUUGUUUUUGAUAAUAUAUAAACAAUUUUACAUAGUUUCUCUUUUUACUGAGUGUUUCAAGCAUAUUAGCCAAAAUUUAACCAUAGGUGACUUCUAGGUAUUAUGAGUCUAAAUAGAAAUCUUUAAUUUUGUAGAGUUUUAUAAAGGAAAACAUGGUUCAACGUAUGCUUUUACUACUAAUUAUAUUAACAAUAUACAAUAAAAUUUGUUUUGAGUGUAU